UUCUGCGUGAAGCCGGAGGCCUGUCCAGGAUGGCCUCGGGGGUCGCUCCCAUAGCCGACGGGGAAUUCACCGCGGCAAUUUACGGGCUGAUUCGGGCCGGGCGGUUCGCGGAGGCGGUGGGGAUCUUAAGCAGCGAACUGCAGCGGAGUUGCCGCUCCCGCGCAGGCCUGUCUCUGCUCGGCUACUGCUACUACCAGCUGCAGGAUUUCGCGGCAGCGGCCGAGUGCUACGAGCAGCUGGGCGCGCUGCACCCGGAGCUCCACGAGUACCGGCUCUACCACGCGCAGGCGCUCUACAAGGCCGGGCUCUACGCCGAAGCCCUGCGCGCCACCGUCCCGCUGCUCGACGUCCCGACUUUCCAGAGCCGAGCUCUGCGCCUCCAGGCGGCCGCCCAGUAUGCCCAGGGCGACCUCUCCAGUGCCAAGGCCCUGGUGGAGCUGCAGCUGGCAGCGGCCACGGAAGGGAGCCCCGGGGCGGCUGAAGACCCCUCGGAGCUGCCGGAUGCGGAAGUGAACAUGGGCUGCCUGCUGUACCGCGAAGGGCAGCACGAGGAGGCUUGCAGCAAGUUUGCCUCGGCCAUGCAGGUGCUCGGCUACUGCCCGGAGCUGUCCUACAACAUGGCGCUGUGCUGCUAUGCCGCCAAGCAGUACGCCCCUGCCCUCAAGCACAUUGCAGAUAUCAUCGAGCGGGGCAUGCAGCAGCACCCGGAGCUGAGUGUGGGCACCAACACUGAGGGCCUGGAUGUCCGCAGCGUCGGCAACACUUUGCUCCUGCAUCGCACAGCCCUGGUGGAGGCCUUCAACCUCAAGGCUGCCAUUGAGUAUCAGCUGUGCAAUGUGCAGGCAUGUCAAGAGGCCCUCACAGACAUGCCACCCCGGGCUGAGGAGGAGCUGGAUCCAGUCACCUUGCACAACCAAGCUCUGAUGAACAUGGAUCGGCGGCCCACUGAAGGCUUUGAGAAAAUGCAGUUCCUCCUGCAGCAGAACCCCUGCCCACCAGAGACAUUUGGGAACCUGUUGCUUCUUUACUGCAAGUACCAGUACUAUGACUUGGCUGCAGAUGUGCUGGCUGAAAAUGCUCACCUCACCUAUAAGCUUCUGACACCAUAUCUGUACAACUUCUUAGAUGCCAUGAUCACUUGCCAAACUGCCCCUGAUGAGGCGUUCCAUAAGCUUGAUGAACUGGCAGGGGCCCUAACGGAGCAGCUGAGAAAGCUGACCAAGGAGGUGCAGGAAUCUAGGAAAAAUCGAGAUGAUGAGGCUCUAAGGAAGGCAGUUAAUGAGUAUGAUGAGACACUGGAGAAGUAUGUCCCUGUCUUUAUGGCUCAGGCAAAGAUUUAUUGGGACAUGGAGAACUAUCCCAUGUUGGAGAAGAUGUUUCACAAGUCAGUGGACUUCUGCAAGGAUCAUGAAGUGUGGAAACUUAACGUGGCUCAUGUACUGUUCAUGCAAGAGAACAAAUACAAAGAAGCCAUUGGUUUCUAUGAGCCUAUUGUAAAAAAGCACUAUGAUAAUAUCCUACAGGUCAGUGCCAUUGUGUUGGCUAACUUGUGUGUUUCCUACAUCAUGACUAGCCAAAAUGAAGAGGCAGAGGAGCUGAUGAGGAAAAUUGAAAAGGAAGAAGAGCAGCUCUCAUACCAUGAGCCUGAUAAAAAGAUCUACCACCUCUGCAUUGUCAAUCUAGUUAUUGGGACUCUCUACUGUGCCAAAGGGAACUUUGACUUUGGCAUCUCCAGGGUGAUUAAGAGUUUGGAGCCUUACAACAAAAAGCUUGGUACAGACACUUGGUAUUAUGCCAAACGAUGUUUCCUGUCAUUGUUGGAAAAUAUGUGUAAGCAUGUGAUUAUGGUGCGUGACAGUGUCAUUCAAGAAUGUAUCCAGUUUCUUGAGCACUGUGAAGUGUAUGGCCGAAAUAUCCCAGCUGUGAUUGAACAACCUCUUGAGGAAGAGAAGAUGCACAGUGGGAAGAACACUGUGACCUAUGAAGCCAGGCAGCUGAGGGCACUGAUGUAUGAAGUGAUUGGGUGGAACAAAUAAUUGCUCUGGCAUUCCCAUUCAAAAAGGAUCAGUGAGUUACUAUAUACAUGGGGUAGUAUCCAACAGGGCUGUCGUCCUGUCCUGUUGAUUCCAUUGCACAAGCAGGAUGCACUAUCUGCGAAAUGGAUAUUUAACCCUCUCUCUAGGAAACCCCAAAACUAGCAGAAACACUCAAUUCUGGAUCAGGGCAGGUUAGCAGAGCUCUGUUGACCUGCACCGUUCCAUAAAUGAACUUUUUCUGAUUGUUUUGUGUUCUUCCUAGAAGUACUAAAUCUCUGUUGUGGUGGGUCUCACUUGUGGAACGGAAUCUGUGUGGAGCACAGCAGAAGCAGCAGGGGUGCAGCAGCCCAUUGGCAUUGGACGUGGCCCCAUAUCUAUCUAUAAUCAUAUGCAUUGGUUUCCUGAGGGUUUUUUUGGUAGUCAGUUGUAGUAUUUUAAAUUAAAAUUUACUAUUUGUACCAAAUUACUCAAGGACCAAUAGCAUCCUCAGAGACUUUGCCUCAAUAUUUGACAAUCACAUUUGGUAGGAAAUAUUGAGCUAGCUUAGUAUAUAUCAUCAUUAUAGUUUAACUCUCUUGUACUGGUUAACAUUUAUUCAUUAUUAUUUUUCCUAUUAAGAAAUUACCUUCUUUAAA